UCCAUAGUUACCUAAUGAUAAACAAUGAAUAGUUCAAGUUAAUAAGGAUUACGGAAUUUACACGUCUUGUCAUAGAUAUUCCGCUACAUGGAGUCUAAAACAGAUGGGAUGGAUCAUUCGGAAAAACUUUCAUCCGCAUUAGACGAUCUUCGAAAAACAGAAACUGCCUGCGAUUUCAUGAUCAAAGUUGGAGAGGAAUCGUUCCCAGUUCAUCAGAAUAUACUUAUUGCUGCCUCUGAUUAUUUCCGAGCCAUGUUGUCUCACGACACUAAAGAACGACAAGAGGGAGUCGUUGAUAUGAAGGAAGUUGAACCAGACGCUGUAAAAUUAUGCAUCGAAUUUAUGUAUACUGGUGCCACAACUGUUACCAUGGAAAUGGUUGAAAAUCUUCUGCCUGCAGCUGGAAUAAUGCAGCUUAAUGCUCUCAGUGAAAAUUGCGUUGAAGUUUUAAAGGAAAACUUAAAAGCAGAAAACUGUAUUUCUGUGUUGAAAUUAGCAAGAACGCAUGGUUUAGCUGAUCUUGAGGAAGAAGCUUUGAAACUUUUUAGAGAAAAUUACAAUUUAAAUAAAUUUGAAGAUUUCGCAGAACUUGAGAAAGAAGGCCUUGUGGAACGUAUUUCUGAUUUCAGUUUGAGAAAUGAAUUGGCCUGGGAAGUUAUAAUAAAUUGGAUCAAACUUAAUGUUGAAGAACGAAGCAAAGAUAUUCUUGAACUUGUGAAACUAUUAGAUUGGGAAUCUGCCCCUUCAGCAGAACUUUUAGAGAAUUUGUGGUCAGAACCGAUCUUCACAGAUUCCCAAGAAUGCAAGAAGUUCUUGUUUUGUCAUUUAUUCAUGGAUUCUGACAAAUUGGGACAGGUGUUGACUGUUGCUAACUGCUUUAUAAUUGAACGUUUGUCGAUUGAAUUUGAAUUUCUCUCGAAACAAGCAAAGGAUGCCAUUGGAACAUUCAUAAAUGUGAAUUUGAUCCCGAUUUCAAUAAAACUAGAAUUCAAAUCUUUGAGUGAAAAAACAGUUUUGUCAGUUUUUGAACAUCGAAAUGAAAAUUGCAUCUACGCGGAAAGUUUGCGAUGGAAUGCAAUCAUUGAUUGGGUGAAGUAUGAUUCAAACAGACGAAAGUUUCUUUCAAGAUUAGUUAAAACCGUCUGUUUUGAAAACUUGUCUAAAUAUUUCAUUGAUUUAUCAAUUGAACAGGAACCCUUACUGAGAGAAGUCCCAGAGUGCUAUGAGGUUUUGUUCAGAAACCUCAUCGAUCUCUCAUUCAAGAAAAAAGAAUCUCAUGUAGCCUUUUUAUACCCAGAUAAUAGAAUAUUUGUGAUAGAUGCCAAAGGCAGUUUACAUCAAACUCUACCAGAUAUUGGUCGAAAAAUAUAUCAUGAAAAUCAAAUAUUCUCUUUUCAGAAAAAAUUGUGUGCAUUCGUUGGAGAUGAAAUUUUGAGUUUGUCGAAAGAUAAUAAAAAAUGGGUCGCAGUUUCUAAAUUACAGCACAUGCCUGGCCCAAAUGCAAGAGUCACAGCAACUGAUCGGUACAUAUGUGUCGUUGAAAACAAUACUUUGUCAAUAUAUGAUAACACCACAGAUGAAUGGAGAGAGGAUUACCCUGGAUUUGGUUAUUAUGGAAAUUUUAUUGUGGCUUCAACUACAACUCAACUUUAUGCCCAAUCAGGAAAUAACGAUAAGGUAUUCAGUUUCAUAUCAGAAAGACGGAGGGAAGUAAGUCGAUAUUUUGGUACUGCAAUUUCAGCAGUUGGGAUCAACCACAUUAUUUAUGUUGUAUACUCGAAUAGAUGUGAGGUGAACUACUGGAAUAAGAACUCUGGUUGGAAGAAUAUUGUCGAUGCUCCAGUUGCAGUUAAUUCCAGAAACAGUUUCAUUUUUACUUUUGAUGACAAACUAGUAUUGCUAACAUCUGGAGAGUUUUAUGUUUAUCAUGAAAUGACUGAAUCCUGGGGAAAAUGGAGAACAAAAUUGCCGAUAUAUUAUGGCUUUACAGUACAGGAUACUUGGGAUAAUAAAUUGGAACCGAUUUCCAUUUGUUCCUUCGCACAAUUAACGCAUUUCAUGGAAAGAUCGUAA